AUCCUCCCGGCCCGCUCAAUGAAGCUUUCUUUUCCCGCCGGUUGGAGGCCGAGCAGCUGCGGUCAGGGAGCUGGACACGCAAGCGGCCCGGGGGCCACCGACAGGCCCCGGCUCGGCUCGGGGCUCCGGGACGCCUUCCAACCCCCAGCCCUGCCCCACGGCUCCGGCUUGGCCAAGCGUAAACAGCCGAGCUCCGGCCGGGCUGGGGACGAACCCGGGCAGGGAAGCUGAGGUCAGGAGAGUGCCCAUGGCCCCUCCGAUGCCCCAAGGUGCCCGCGGGCACUUUCGGGGUGAGGUCGAGUCUUUCACUCUGAUGUCACGGGGGGCUCAUGACGUCACACGCAGGCCCCGCGCUCAGGCCGAAACCGCGAAGUUUCUCCCGGUAGAGCCACUCGUGCGCGCCCCCAGGGCUGUGGGUGAGGGCCCAGAGGUGGCGUGGCUGCCCCGCGUACCUGGGGACCCCCUGUCCUCCCGGCUCCCCACCCUCCGCCCCACGCGCGCCCCGCGGGAACGCCCCCGGUGCUGCGGCCCCGCCCCGCCUCCCGCCCCGCCUCCCGCCCGCGGGGCCAGGAAGCGCGGAAGGAGCGGCCGGGGGCCAUGGACAAGGCGGUGAUGGAAGGGCCGCUCUUCUUGCAGAGUCAGCGCUUCGGGACCAAGAGGUGGAGGAAGACCUGGGCCGUCCUCUACCCGGCCAGCCCCCACGGCGUAGCCCGGCUCGAGUUCUUUGACCACAAGGGGUCGGGCUCUGGAGGUGGCUGGGGUAGCUCGCGCCGCUUGGACUGCAAGGUGAUCCGUCUGGCGGAGUGUGUGAGCGUGGCCCCCGUGGCCGUGGAGAGCCCCCCUGAGCCCGGCGCCGCCGCCUUCCGCGUGGACACCGCGCAGCGCUCCCACCUGCUGGCCGCGGACGCGCCGUCCAGCGCCGCCUGGGUGCAGACACUGUGCCAAAAUGCCUUUCCGAAAGGCAGCUGGGCUCUGGCGCCCGCCGAGAAUCCACCCAAGCUUUCUGCUUUGGAGAUGCUGGAGAACUCGCUAUAUAGCCCCACCUGGGAAGGAUCCCAGUUCUGGGUAACUGUGCAGAGGACUGAGGCAGCCGAGCGCUGUGGCCUGCAGGGCCCCUAUGUGCUGAGGGCCGAGGCUGAGAGGCUGACUCUCCUGACCAUGAGGGCCCAGAGCCAGAGUCUGGAGCCACUCCUUUCCUGGCCCUACACUUUGCUCCGUCGCUACGGUCGAGACAAGGUCAUGUUCUCUUUUGAGGCCGGCCGCCGCUGCCCCUCCGGCCCUGGAACCUUCACCUUCCAGACGGCACAGGGAAAUGACAUCUUUCAGGCAGUUGAGACCGCCAUCCACCGGCAGAAGGCCCAGGGAAGGGCCAGCCAGGGGCACGAGCUUCUGAGUGCUGACUCCCGUGAAGGGGAGAGGGCAGGAGGGCAGCUGGCUUCCCCUCCUGGUCCCCAGGAGCUCCCGGGGGAUCCCCCAGCUCUGUAUGCUGAACCUGUGGACUCCCUGCGCGUUCCUCCAGGCCCUUCCCGGGACUCCCUAUACUCGGACCCCCUGGACAGCACCCCUGCUCGUGCUGGGGAGGGGGUACAGUUGAAGAAACCGUCUCUCUACUGGGACUUGUAUGAGCAUGCGCAGCAGCAGAUGCUGAAGGCCAAGCUGAUGGACCCCAGAGAGGACCCCAUCUAUGACGAACCUGAGGGCCUAGCCCCAGCCCCUCCCCGCGACCUUUAUGACCUGCCUCAGGAGCCCAAGGAUGCGUGGUGGUGCCAGGGACGGGUGAAGGAGGAGGGCUACGAGCUCCCCUACAACCCUGCCACCGAUGACUAUGCUGUGCCACCCCCUCGGAGCACCAAGCCCCUCCCAGCGCCUAAGCCCCAGGGCCUGGCCUUCCGUGAACUUGGUACUGAACCGGGCAGUGGCAGCACAGGCCACAGAUCAGUUGCUGCCCUGUACAGCCAGGUCCAGAAGAAUGGGGCAUCAGGGAGCUGGGACUGUGGGCUCUCUAAAGCAGGGAGCCACAGGACUGGGGUCAAGUCGGAGGGCUCCACAUGAGAAGAAGGGCAAGGCUGGGGAGUUUACAGGAGGAUCGUGGUAAUCAAGAAACCUAUUAGAACCAGUGGGAACCAGGGGCCUGGAUGGGCCCGAGGGGUCAGGGGACUGAGGAAAGGAUGACCAUCCCAAGAAGUCCAAAGAAACAGGACAGAUGAUGGGCUGGGGAGUGGGAUCAGCACCCCUAACGUCCCCCUCCCCACAGGAAUGGACAGCUGCUAGACUGGGACUCCAGAGAGGGGUGCUUGGUCAGAGUAGCUCCUUUUGAGGGACCUGAAUAGAGGGUCUCCAGAGAUGCUAGCCUGUGCUUACUCCUGCAUUGCUUUUUGCCAGAGAGAGAUUUUUUUUAAAUGUUAGAUUCUCAUUAAAGUCAAUUUGGGUUUAA